AUGCUUGUGUGUGCCUUCGCGAAAACGUACUGUGGACCACACCACCCCCUCUCUCCUCACCCUUCUCAAGCCCAUCGCUUUCUUUUUGCUUGCGCAGCAAUGUCACUGAGGCGGUCGUGCGGGCGUCUCCAACAGACCGCCCUGGAGGUUUCUACGCUUCACCGACUGCUGCAGCACACUGCGCGUCACCCUGAGCGCUUCGAGCUGGCAGAAAUGUACAAGCUUGGCAUCCUUCUGAAAGACUCAAACGACACACUGGCGUUGAGCUCAAACACGGAGCUCUUGAAGAGUUUGGCGAGCCGCUACGCGCAGAUCCGCGAGAAUGCAUCGCCUUUUCAAAGAUCCUUGUUGGACGCGGUACUGCCUCGCUUGCAGUCUCUGUCCACGACGGGGAGCAGUGCAGCAGAGGCGCAGCUGACCACGGGAUCGUCGAGUGCGCCAGUGGGUGCCGUGCCGGUGACGGCGCAUGAGUACUUCAAGGCGAUCAUGGAGCUCGCGAAGGAUGCGGAGGCGGAGCACUACCGUGCCAUUGCCCGCGAGGCGCGUGCAUCAUCGUGCGGACCGCAGCACGACGCGAGCGUGGCCAUGCGAGAAGACGUGUCUCCCGGACGAAGGGGUGCAGCAGCGCCUGCACCGUCUCGUAGCGAUGAGGCGAGCGCAACGGGCCUCGAUGAAGCGCUCGGAAGUAGCCGCACAGAAGUGCUGGAAGCUCACCUCACUGCCCUUGAGCCGAACCUUCGUCAACUCUCGCCGGUAGAGACGUGCAACCUCAUCAAAACACUGGCAAAGUUCAACUACACAAACUACGAGCACGCUGUGCUUCUGACGCGUCGCGGAUGUGAAGUCUCUGGGCAACUGAAGCGCCGUGAGCUAUGCCAAGUCUUCUUUAACCUGCAUAAACUGCACACGCGGGACUCCUUAGUCGCCAUUGUAAACCAUCUUCUCGAGCACACAACAGAGAUGACGGCCGACGACGUGUUUUUGCUCUGUCAGGCACUCGAACGGCAGGAGAACACGUCGUCGGCGUCUCAGCGCCUCUUGGCCCCACUGGUAGCGCAGGCCAUCAAGAAACUGCCUGAUGCCCCCUCUGCAGCAUACCAUCGUGCCUUCCUGGUGUCCAUGGCGCGCUAUAAUGUGGUCCAGCCUGUUACUUUGCAAGUGGUUCUCCGGGACUGGGUGGAACACUGGAAGACGACGACCUCAGAGCGGGAUUUGCUGAGAAUGUUCGAAGCUGCCGCAUCGCUCAUGGCGGCCUCGAAGUUGGAAGGAUUGCAGCAGCUGGUGGAGCGUCUCACGGAACUGGCACCGACGAUGGAUGUGUGCCACAUGGACCGUGCCAUGGACCUUCUAUCCAUGGUGCCAAUGGAGAUGAGUACCAAGUGCAUGAUGCUAAUCUUGGCGAGGCUCGUUGACGAGGCAGGUCGCCUGAGCGUGCGACAAGUCGUCUUCAUCCUGCAGCUGCUCUCCACCUACCCACCAGCCAAGGGACACACGGCGGUGGUGUCGAUGGCCUACGCAGCGUCCGUUCGUGCUCCUUCCAUGGACACCGAGUCACUUGAGAGUGUUUUCAUAUCGCUCGCCAUGCUGCAGCUCUACACGGAUGAUUUCUUCACUAUUGCUCACGUGCUGCAGACGCAGAAGGGUGGCAUGCGCAGCUUUGCGGCUGUGCAGGAGCUGCUGCGGCACUGCACAUCGGAGAUGGCCGCCACCAAGCGCGGUCUUGGCAUGCUGGCAAACGUCAUCUGUACUCUGGCUCCGAUGCUGAACGAUGAAGAGCUUGCCUCGUGUCGCCGCGCGCUGGUGAGCUUGGGGGUGCAGGACCGCGACGUGCUGCAGGGCAUCUUUGCAAGGGCUAAGAAGCUCCACCGCACCCAGUCCACCGGCCACGCACGCAAGAAGCGCCGCGGCAGCUAUGAUCCAAUGGAAGACCUUCUCUGA